ACCACGAUCGAUCGGUUGAAGUCAAAGAAGUUACUGCAGAAAGACAGCAGUGACCACAGACGCCUACUCGGUGGUAAGCCGUGUUGUGAUAGUAAGUCCGGGCAGAGUUCGUUCAGCAGAAGUUCAUUGCAAGACGGUCUAUUCUUUCCUCGGCUUUAUAGUGAGGUUGUGACAAUUAAGUGAUAGUGGAUGAUAGUAACUCGGGUUACUUGAAGUGGAAUAAUUUUUAAUGAUCGACACUUUUACGAUUAAAGAAGUUCUUUAAUUUGGGAAAAGCGCAAAUAACUAGCGUCAUUUGAGAAGUUUUGAGUGAGACUAUUAACUUUAUGAUGAAAACUAGAUUUCCUCUGGGAAUUUAAACUGCAAUCACACUUUGAAUGGAUUAAACAUUUAAAAUUAGGAUUCCAACAUGCAUCUGUGGAUACUAUACACUUUAGGUAUUUUCACACUCAUACAUCAGUGUAGUUCAUACGAGGACCCAACAGCCAGGAUACUAGAUGUGGGGGCUCCAUGGAAACCCAUGCAAACACUUGGGGUUAGCCCGCACUAUAUUACAAUUGGUGCUCUGAAUCCUCAAAAUAAUUUCCAUCUGGCGCACAUUGCUCCACACAAUGCACCGCUGAUGCAACAAGUCAAAGGAUUAAACCCACCUGUGACUCAGUACAGAAACCCCUUCCCAGUAUAUGAUCCCAUUCCUCAGCCGCACCACCAUCAUCACCACUUCAUACUGCCAAAGGAGAAUGGACAACACAUUCACCCGAGUGCUUCAAACAUAGCCCAGACUGUUGUGCCCAACAAUUACUUAAAACCAGCCUACAUCACUGGAAAGCCAGCGUUCAAUUUGAAACCAGAAUAUAUAACAAAACCAGAGUUCUACAAUGGAAUUCAGACGACUCUUGUGAAGAAUCCUCAAGUUCCGGCAUUUAAACAGAUGCCAACGAUGGUGAAGGACGCAAUGGUGACUUUGUUCCAUGAAGCUCCGUCAUACAAGGAUCUUAUUCUUACACCACCACCACCUCAGUUCCACAGCCAUUCACCACUACUAGCCUAUAAACAACCAGCACCUAUGAAGGACAAACCGGUCGGAUCAUUCUCAUUUCCUGGCGAUAAUGUAGGCUCUCUAACAUACUUCGGACCGGCAUCACAUUUGAUACGAGGGAAACCGUCGCAACCAAAACCACAACCAACGCUUUUCUUACCAUCAGAAAUUGGAAGCAAUAUCCGCAACGUUCAACAAUUCGGUCAGAGUGGACGUCCCAUCAUUUCACAGCCUGCACAACAAAUUCAAACUUUCCAACCUUACCAACCACUACGAUUCGAGAGUAGCACCCCCAGUUUCUUCGGAUCAACAUCUGUGAAAAUUUCACCAAGCCAGAGCUACGAAUUGACAUUUAGUAGGACGCCAGAUGGAAAGGAGUUUAUAUCUUCAACAUCAAGUCCCUUGCCCUCAAGCACGCCUGCUCCUUCGACGCCCAGUCCAGCGAGCUCCACUACUUCAAGUUCAGGCAAUUUUGUCCAAACAAAUAACCAUAACCAGUUCAGAGUUCAGACUCUACCACCAAUCCCAGCCAGUGUGCUUACACCAUUCUUCCAACAAGUACAACAGCAACAAAAGCUAAAUUACAAUAAUGUCAUACCACCACAAAAAGAACAUUUUGUGAAGGACGAAUACUCCAAAAAUUUGGUGCCUCCACCAUACAUACAUCUGGAAAGUUCUACAUUUAGAACUACACCAUUUGCUCCGACCAAGCGGCCUAUUUCGUUGCAAGAGCAAGCCAAUGCACUCAAUAUUCUAAACAAGUACAACAUUCCAGUGAUAUCUCCCCUUCAAGACGCAAACAAAUUCAAAUAUGAAAGUAUCCCGAGAAAACCGACAAUUAUUCCAUUGAAUUUUUCUGUGUCAAGUAUUGUCGCUUUUCCAACAAAUGCUCCAGAACAGACGCCAUUAACAGUUGAGCCAACAGGAGUCGUGCCGUCUACACAUUCUUUCCCGAAUACCAAGUUCCAUCAUCAAAACUCCUUUGAUGUCAAAAAUAACAUACAAAACUUUGGGCAAGUACCCAAUGAGCAUUCACCACCAAUUCCACAGAAAAAUGUGGUUGGCUCAGAACAUACUUACUUUACGAUUAGUGAUGCUAUAACAGGAAGACCACUGCACCAGAAUCCAGUACAGUCUACUCCUCCCCCCAGCAGAUUCCAAAGCUCAGUGCAAAUUCAAGAAAAUCCCGAAGUUAUAAUAAAUGAAGAACCGAACGCGUUCACCACAAAUCCGCCGAGAACGAUAAUGCAAAUGGGAGAAUACAAAACUACGACGACACCAAUUCCUCUUCCCCCAGUUUCACCAGCAUCAACAGAAUCGACAUCGUCCGCGUCACCAGCAGAACCUUUUCCAUCUAGAACUAGGUCUAGGGGUAAGAAUCGUAGGAGAAGACCCACUAGACCCACUACAUCUAAGAAACCUGAACAAUACCUAGAGGAGCAAGAAGCUAUUCAAGCUCUUGAGCAGGACACAGUGCGUGAGAGACCAUCAGCACCCGUUUCAACAACCGAUCGACCCUUCAAUCGAAUCCGACAAGGAUCACGAAUAAGAACUCCAGCAAAACUUAGUAGUACUUUACCACCUGCCGAUCCCACCUUGCGUGUUAUUCAGAGGAAUUCACUGAAAUCAAGAUUCAAUGCAAUUUCAGCGAAUAUGCACAAUAGGCAGCCAACGGAAUUGUACACCACAACGUCCUUGGAAUACCAUCCUCCGUCAUUAAAGACCACACAGCCUACAGUAGAGGAUAUUGACACACCGGAACAGGAUGUAUUCCCUAGUACCACAGCUUUAUCGAACGACGACAAAACCAAUCCAACGGUACAGAUUCCAGACACUACAAAUCUGGUCCUCAGUCCUUCAGAAGAGACCACAGUCCCAGAAAUUAAUGUGGUUCCAAUCGUUGCUGAAGCUACUAAACUUUCAACAGAAUUAAGCUCAGUUUCGUCUCCCGUACCUCAAAUCCAAGAGUUAACUACUGAAAAAGUAAUUUUGAAUCAAACGCCUAAACAGCCGAUUGUUGAAACUACAAUCCCCGCAGAAAAUAUAGACCCACAUUUGAGUCACAGGCAAAGGUACAGGUACAAAGUCAAACCAACACCUGAAGCUACAUUGAACCAAGAAACAGCACCUAGUCAAGAACCAGUAGAGGUUGAAGCUUCUUCUUCAUUGGCUCCGACGCCAGAAACCGAAAGUACAAGAACUGUGACCAGAUUACGACCUGUGAAUAAAUUCCGCUCACAAGAUCGACCAAGGUUCAGUGUGAAAGACUACAGGCAUAGAAUUAAGACUCAUUCAACGACGACUACAACAACUACUGAAUCACCAUCGGUCUCAUCUUCGACGCCAAGUCAAAGAUCAAGGCUCAGGUUCCCUACCAGAAAACGAUUGCUUCCUUCUUUGCGAAUGAGAUCUACGACAGAAAAGCAAGCAUCGGACACUGAGAACGAUUCCCAGGUAGAUGACAACACCAGAGACAAUGAACAACAGCCAAGUAUACAUUCAGAGGUUCCAUCUGCAUCAAGUACGUCAACAACAACUGCACGACCAUCUCGAAGAGGGAGCAAUUACAGACGCGCAGGCAACAAUCGCUUCCGACAAUCAACCUCCACUACUGAAUCUCCUGAAACCGAAGAAGAAGUAGAACGAAGACCACCUGCCCGACAAUGGUCCCGUGAUCGUUACACCCAAAGAUCUCGAGUGCCACCCUCUUCUACAGAGAGUCUUACAGAGUUGCAACAAAUAAACAUGAAUCCUGAAGAUCUAAAUAACAUCGCAGUUGACCCUGUCCCUGUGUCUAGUACAGCGGAAGCGAAGCCAGAAAGUGCUAUCAUGAAAAUCAGUAAAACUGAUCAUGGGAACAGACAAUCAGCGGAAGUAGUGGACGAAGACCAAUCUGCUCCUGCUUCAGGUGAGAAAACAGACUUGAAUCAGUCUCCAUCGGAGCAAUCGGAGCGUGUUGCUCAGUUGACGCUGUCUGGUAGCUCUUUCAAGUUCAACAAUCCCAAUAAAGCUAGCAUUUCGCGGAGGAUACCUGGCUACUUUACUUUGGCUACCGAAGACCCUAUUCUUCCAAUUGAGGCCUUCUUUCCAAACGUGAAACCCAACUCGAAUCGAACCAGGUAGAAAGUUGCCUCUGUAAAAAUACAAGCAGAGGUCAUUGUUCACCUGUUGAUAGUUGAAAAAAAUUAAUACCAAAUGAGCUGUAGAGAGUUUAGUUAGAUUUCCGUUAUUUAUAGGUUUAAAAUAUUUAUUUUUACGCAUGAGUAAAACAGAGUAUUUAGGGAGUAAGUGUGGCUAAACACUGUUGUAUAUAUGUACUGUAUGUGUAUUGUAAUAAAGUUAGUAAGAGACGUAA